AGAAGACUUCCAGGAGGCCUUAUGCCACUGCACCACAGACACCCUUGCCUACCAUCAAGUGAUCAAAUUCUGUGAGGAGUUCUAUGAAUGGAAGAAGGCAAGAGAGGAGGAAAUUGAAACUAUGCUGGGCAUCAAAGACGAAGCUGAUAAAAUUAAGAUGACCUUUCUUGAGUUUAUGAAGUCCAAAUUAAGCCAGAAGACGGCAGACAGCCAGUGUGCAGAGCCGCAGAAGAAGCUGGCCAAAGAAAAUAAGGCCUUAUGCUACUCCAAAGACACCCUCACCUUGGUUGAAAAAGUCUACAAAUUCUGUGAGGGGUUCUCUGAAUGGAAGAAUGAAAGGGAGGAAGAAAUUAAAACUAUGCUAGAUAUCAAAAACAGGGCUGACAAACUCAACAUGACCUUCAGCCAUGUCACACAAUCAGAAGAGAAAGGUAAAGCUUUUCUUGAGUUUAUGAACAGUAAACUACCCAAGAUGACAGAAAACAGCAGGUACGGAGAGCUGGAGAAGGAACUGGAAAAAGUGAUAACAAAGACUCUUGAAAGCCUGGAGAAUCUCAGCUGCUUCCUAGAUGCAGUGGCGAGGCUAGCUGUGACCUCACUGCAAGUUUUCACAGAGAAGCAGCUGUUACACCUGCCUGAAGAAAUCAACCUUGAAUAUGUUCAGAUUUUCAUUGCUGCUGCCCGCCUAUUCUGCCCUCUGCUUCUGGUGUUUAAAACAGAGGCAAAAGUCUUUUUCAUUCCCAAACUUCAAAAUGUGGAAGUGCUGGCCUAUCAGCUGGACAGAUACAUACAGACUGCAGAGAAAUUCUGUGACUUCAUCAGGAAAUCUCACUUUAGGAUGAAAAUUGUGGAUGACCAGAAAAUGUUCCAACAUCUGCCUGAUGAAGUUAAUCAACUUGAUGAAAUCAGGAUGGACCCAAACCUACGAAUGGUGUUCUUGUUCCGGGAAGUUUGCUGUUCCAGAUUCAUUGAGGAGUUCAAAAAGCGAAAGUCCGAAAUGCUGGAGUUUCUAAAUGAGCUGCAAGGGUGUGCUGUCCAGCUAGAAAAGAUGAAUAAGGGGGCAAAAAUUUCCAGUGUGGCAGGCAGCUCGGUGGGGGCAGUUGGAGGUGCGCUGUCCAUUGCUGGUUUGGCCUUAGCUCCUGUAACAGCAGGAGUGUCUCUAGCUUUGACAAUUACUGGGGCUGGGCUGGGAGUCACCAGUGCAGUCAACAGUGCUGUGACCACUGGAACAGAAAUUGGAGUUAAAGCUACUCAAAAAAAGAGAGCCAAUGAAAUUUUGCAAAAUUUCAUGAAGGGUGUACAAAGUUUCCAUGAUUGUCUGGAGGGUGUGGCCAGUCAACCAGUCUGCAAUGUAAAAGUAAGUAAGUCAGAAGUGGCCAUAGGGGUAAGCAAGAUUGCAGCUAAAGCAGGUACUUUUGGAAAGGGUAUUGAUUCCUUUGUUGAUGCUGCUUCUGCUGUUAAGAUGUUACAAAGGGAAGAGCAGAUCAUCUCAAGUGCUGGUAAAGUUUUGGCUCAAGAAGGAAAAACAUUACGUAAUGUACCCAGAGUAGCCUCAGAUGUCCCAGAAAUGGGGAUAGGCACUGCUCAGGCAGCAGUCAAAGGGCCUCUUGCUCUCUCUAAAACAAUGAGGGGUCUUUUCAUUGCAGGUAAUGCAAAGUUCUGCAGCAAACACUGCUCCCCUUUAGAUGACAGCAGAUUAACAACUUGUAACGGCGGUCUGGCGAGGAAGGAGCAGCUAGCAGGUCCAGCAGGCAUGUGGUGUGGAGUUUACGUCGGUAACAACUUUGCACAUGUAUUCUUGGACACUUUCAAAGCUGACCGGUCCUGGCCAACUGAGAUACUACGCAGCACGGACAACAACAAUGGACAGGACGCUCAGGUGAAGAACAAAGAAGCGCGGGGGAAAUGCGUUGGCAUCCGAAACAGAAUGAGACAGCAAGUGCACCGCACACCCCUGCCCAGUAUCCUGCUGGCCAAUGUACAAUCGCUGGAAAAUAAGCUGGACAACCUAAGAAUCACCUUCCAACGAGACGUGAGGGACUGCAACAUUCUGUGCUUCACGGAGACAUGGCUGACCCCACCGUGCCGGACCGUGCCGUAA